GCACAGUGCAUGCCAGCAUUGAAGAUCCCACUUUUCAAAAUGAAGGACGUGAUACUGAUCCUGUGCCUCCUGAAAAUGAGUUCUGCAGUGCCGGCGUUUCCUCAGCAACCUGGGAUACCAGGCAUGGCUAGCUUGAGCCUUGAGACAAUGAGACAGUUGGGAAGUCUGCAGGGAUUAAACCUGCUUUCUCAGUAUUCGAGAUUUGGCUUUGGGAAAUCAUUUAAUUCUUUGUGGAUGAAUGGUCUUCUCCCACCACAUUCCUCUCUCCCAUGGAUGAGACCAAGGGAACAUGAAACUCAACAGCCAUCCCUGCAGCCUCAACAGCCAGGACAGAAACCUUUCCUCCAGCCUACCGUUGUCACCUCCAUGCAGAACGCAGUCCAGAAGGGCGUACCUCAGCCUCCGAUUUACCAGGGACAUCCGCCCUUGCAGCAAGCAGAGGGGCCGAUGGUUGAACAGCAGGUGGCGCCAUCAGAAAAGCCACCAACGACCGAGCUGCCAGGAAUGGAUUUCGCUGAUCUACAAGAUCCACCGAUGUUUCCAAUAGCCCAUUUGAUAUCUCGGGGACCAAUGCCACAAAAUAAACCAUCUCCACUUUACCCAGGAAUAUUUUAUGUGACCUAUGGAGCAAAUCAACUGGGAGGAAGAGGAGGCCCCGUGGCCUAUGGAGCCAUAUUCCCAGGAUUUGGAGGCAUGAGGCCCAGCCUUGGAGGGAUGCCCCAGAACCCAGACAUGGCUGGGGACUUUACUCUGGAGUUUGACUCCCCAGUCGCUGCAACCAAAGGCCCAGAGAAGGGAGAAGGAGGUGCACAAGACUCCCCUGUGCCGGAGGCCCACCUAGCUGAUCCAGAAAGCCCAGCUCUCCUUUCAGAGCUAGCACCUGGUGCCCUCGGAGGGCUUCUUGCUAAUCCUGAGGGCAAUAUUCCCAACCUGGCAAGGGGCCCUGCAGGGCGCAGCAGGGGAUUCCUUAGGGGAGUCACCCCAGCAGCUGCCGACCCACUGAUGACCCCUGGAUUAGCUGAGGUUUAUGAGACCUAUGGUGCUGAUGAGACCACAACUCUGGGUCUCCAGGAAGAAACGACCAUGGACUCCACAGCGACCCCUGACACUCAGCACACAUUGAUGCCAAGAAACAAGGCCCAGCAGCCCCAAAUCAAGCAUGAUGCGUGGCGUUUCCAAGAGCCCUGA